UCUGAAUAGACCCAACAGAUCCAAAGCCAAGAUGAAGCUGUACCUCGCCGUGGCCGUGCUGAUGCUGGCUUUUGUCGCAUACACAGAGGCGCAGGACGCGGAGCAGACCAUCGAGCAGAGGUUCACUAGGUUCGGAGAGCAGGUGGCCGAGGUGAGCAAGGGCCUGGCUGCGAAGGCCAAGACCACCUUCGAGGAGAUUUCGACCAGCCAGUUCGCAGCAGACACCCGGAGCUGGUUCCAGACGCAGAUUGACAAUUUGAAGACUAAGUUGUCGUAAGCAAACCAGUAGACCCGUGCCCCUCUCCAGCCUGCACCCCUCCCCCCCCCCCCCCUACUACCGGACCGCUGACCUCUUCCAACAACAACAUGCGUCUCUGUGUUAAAACGAUAUUAAAAACAUUGUUUUGAAUGUGCAUCCUGUGUUUGCAUCAGUAUCUCGAAUUAAGAAAAGAAGAACUUCUGAAUGUACUGAGUGAAUCGAAUAAAGGAACACUGCAAUGGAA